CUCCCCCCAGCGCCUGCCCGUCCAUUCUGCUCGAGCGGCCGCUAUGUGGAAUAACGUUAUUGCCGAGCAACGGGCGGGUUGCUGAUGUUUGUCUGAGCCUAGGCAGGGCAGUUGCACUGCUAGGGAUGACGUAGUCUUGAAACAACAUUUAGUAACUGCAGAAAUGAGCUUAACAUCCUGGUUUUUGGUGAGCAGCAGAGGCACACGCCACCGGCUGCCACGUGAGAUGAUCUUUGUUGGCCGGGAUGAUUGUGAAUUGAUGUUACAGAUGGCCAAAGUGUGCAAAGUCCUGCAGAUACGAUCGCGCAGUGUGGACAAACAGCAUGCUGUUAUCAACUAUAACUCUGCUGAAGAUGAACACAAAGUAAAGGAUCUUGGCAGUCUAAAUGGGACAUUUAUUAAUGAAGCCCGAAUACCAGAGCAAACAUACAUCACUCUGAAGAUAGAUGAUAAACUUCGAUUUGGAUAUGAUACCAAUUUGUUCACUGUAGCAAGAGGAGAAGUGCAAGUCCCAGAGGAAGCACUGAAGCAUGAGAAAUUUACAAGCCAGUUGCAGUUACCACAGAAACUUUCAGAGGCUGAAGGAUCAGCAGAAGCUCCAGAUAGCUCUGUUGAGGCCAAAGCUGAAGUGAUGGUUCAUGUAGAGAUGCAUAAAACUUCAGACAUUUCUGCCAUACCUGUGGCCCGUGGUACCCCUCUAUAUGGCCAGCCUGCUUGGUGGGGUGAAGAUGAUGCAGAUGAUGAAAAUUCAAGCAAGCAAGAUCCCAAGCCUGGGAGUGUGAAGAUGGAAAGCAGUGCUACAGGAGGUAGAAGCCCAAGUGAAGAUGCCAAGGAAGUUAGUAAACCCAAAGAAGAUAGAAAAGACUUGGAAGAAGUAAUUUAUCCAUUCUGUAGAGAGCCAAGCUAUUUUGAAAUCCCUACUAAAGAAUUUCAUCAAGCUGCUGUGUCAAUGGAAAGUUCGAUUCAUGAAAUCCCUACAAAAGAUACAGAAGCCACUCAUGCAGUUGUUCAAGGGCAUGCUUCAUUUACUAUUGAAUUUGAUGAUCAUACUCCAGGCAAAGUGACAAUCAAAGAUCAUGUCACCAAAUUCACACCCGAGCAGCGUCAUAAGCAGAAGAAGUCUCCUCCAGCCAAAGAGCUGUCUGGACUCCAGGCUGCAAUGAAAGCAGCAGAAAGCAAAGUGGCUGACUGGUUGGCACAGAAUGAUCCUCCCAGAAUGAGACGAGAAUCAAUGGAUGAUGAUUGCAAAAGCAUAAAGAGCGAUCUCUCUGUUCAAAUGAGGCGAUUAAAAGGGAGUAAACAUGAUGAUGGAACACAAAGUGAUACAGAAAAUGGAAAUGGCCAAAGGUGUGCUCGCAAACACGCUGCACUUGAAGAUCAAUUGAGGAUGUAUCGUGCAGAACAGAGGCUUCAUCAGAAGAUUGCAACUUCAGAAAAGGCCCAUGAGAUUCCUUCAAUGAAUAGGACUGCCUUUAUGAUUGAGUUCUUUGACGAUCACCCACGCAAGCGACGAUCCUAUUCUUUCACACAGAUUUCACCAGCUGUACCCCAAGAAGGUCCUCAUCCGUUUCCACCUGCAAAGCUGGACAGGUCUAAAGGUGGUGUAACUGACUCGAAGACAAGUUGUUCAACACAUCAGCCAAGUCCCCCUCAUAGUAAAUCACCACACAGUGUACAUGAGCUUCAAACAAAACACUUACAAAAACAAAAAUCUGAUGAACUAUCAGUUCCUUUAAUAUCUACCCAAACAACACAUUCAAGAUGUUCUGGUAGUACUGGGCACAGACAGAAUCAAAGUCAGCACUUGGAACAACAUAUAAAACUUUCUCCAUUGGCCACAAAGGAAAAUGAGGAUGAUCAGAGUGAUAAAGGAACAUACACCAUCGAGCUUGAAAAUUCCAAUAUAGAAGAGGAGGAAGCUCGUAAAAUGAUUGACACGGUAUUUGGAAUAGUAGAUUCCCCCAAAUACUCUGGUAUAGCAAGGCCAAUCAUUGCUGAACAAAAGAUCAAGUGGCAGCCAAAUUCUACUGAACAAGCAACUGAUGCAAGAAAUGGAGAACUUAGUAAAGAGCUUUUGAAUGACUCAGAGACUCAGCCUGAAGGUUCCUUUACGCUCAGCAGCCCUAGGUGGGUGUCCCAGUGGGCGCAUUUAGCUGCUAAUGAUGUGACGCCAGCAACAUUCGGUACUCAUGACCGAGAUGCAGACAUUAGUGAAACUGGUAUCUCAGUAAAAACCACAUCAGAAACAGCCAGUGUAGCAGAGAGAAAGAGACGAACACUUCCUCAGCUUCCAACAGAGGAUAAAACAGCCGAAGGCCUAAGAUCAAAAGGUUCCUUUACUUUAAACCUAUCAAAAUCAAGACGUGAGGUAGAUGAAAAGCAAGACACUGAGCUUCCUGAAAAAGAAACUACAACUCCACCUCAUCAGAAGGACAAACAAAAGGAGCACACCAGCAGCAUUUCGAAGACAGGCAGGUCAAAGAGUGGCUCUGCUAUCAAAGGUGAUAGUGCUGGAGAUAUUUGCAGUGAAACAGUGAACAACAAGGAAGGUGCAGUGUUUCAGUCCAGCAGCUGCACUCAGAUUACUAAAGCAAAAGCUGAGACUAUCAAGGGAAUACCAGGAACAAGGCUGUCUUCACCUACAACUCAACAGGGCCAUAAAGAGAGUUUGUACCAACAGGGCUCUUCUAAAACAUCUACAAGUAAGCCUCUGGUUAACACUACUAGUCAAAGUGACAAAAGCAGAGAAGUGUCACCUAGGCAACUGGCCUCGCACAAAGCUGAUAUACGGGAAUGCAGGCAAACGCCUGCGAUGGGCACUUUUGACAAAGCAGAGAUGCGAGUUGAAAUAAAACAGAAGAAGUCAGAAGAGUCUGUCAGAAAACAGACUCCUAAAAGUGGGGACACAGAAAGAAAAGAUUCUCCUAGGCCUUUGGUCAGACAGGGAAGCUUCACCAUUGAAAAACCAAGUAGUAAUGUGCCGUUAGAGCUUAUACCUCGGAUUAGUAAGCAGUCUGGGUCACCAGGUGAAACAUCUGUAACCACACGGAGCAGGGAGCGAAGCAGUUCUAAUGGGACAGAAUCCACAGUUGACACCACAAUUUUAUUAAAGGAUACAGAAUCUGUAAUGGCUUUUCUUGAGGCAAAACUGAAGGAUGAGAACAAGCUUGAUGGUGGCGAUGAAACCCCAAGCUACCAUAGGGAUGAUUCCAUCUCCCCUGAAUCCGAUGUUGACACUGCUAGUACUAUUAGCUUAGUUAGUGGAGACGCAGAAAAGAAGUCUCUUCAAAAGCGAAGAACUCUAAGUAACCUUCACAAGGAGAAGAGUUUCACAAAAUCGCCUAAGGAUUUGUCAAAGACAAUUGCAACCAAUGCUAAAGACAAACUUGCAGACAUGAAAACUAAAGGUCGUGCUUCUGACCUUGGUGUUAGAUCCGAACCUCGCAGGCCUGUGCAAACCACUGGCAGAGCAAGACAAGCAUCUUUUGACUUGACAGAUGAUGACCAAACAUCAAGUUUUCCUCAGUCCACUAUCUCAGAUUUUCUUUCUUCAGAUCAAGAAACAUAUUCCAGCAGAUCACAAGGUAGAACAUCAUUUACGUCCACAGAUGAACUGUUACAUUCCAAACUGGAAGGCAAUAAAUUAUCCAAGUCAAAAACUGCUGCUAUUAGUUCAGCUAGCAAAUCAACAGCCUUGCCCAAGCCUCGGCCAACCAGAGCAUCUAUCUUACGUAGGGCACGCCUUGGUGAUGUAUCAGAUAAUGAACUGGCAGAUGUUGAUAAAGUUUCAGUAGUAUCUGAAGUAUCCACAACCAGUUCAACUACAUCAAAACCACCUUCGGGCAGAAAAACACCCUCUAGAUUAGAUCUCCUUGCCCAACCACGACGUAACCGGCUAGGUUCUAUAUCGGCUCGCAGUGAUUCUGAAGCAACUGUAACUAGGAGUAGUGUUAGUCGAAGUGGAGACUCUUCUGUUCGGAGUAACUUGCGUGGUAUGUCAACCAUGGAUAGCAAAGCUUCUCCUAGACUUCGUGCUAAUAGCAUUUCAAGAAUGCCUGAUUCUUCUAAAGUUAAAGCAUCAAUAGCAGGACACUGUUCUCCAUCAGUUGUUUUGCAAGGUCCACGAUGGAGGCGCUUCCCUACAGAUUAUGCUUCAACUUCUGAAGAUGAAUUUGGGUCAAAUCGUAGUUCACCUAAGCAUACCCGCCUACGCACCAGUACAGCACUGAGAAGCACUAAACUGCAGAACAGUAAUGUACCAUCAACAACCAAUGUGCUCCUGAAAAACAAAAUGAAGGAACAGGAUGACUACAUAAGAGACUGGACUGCUCACAGUGAGGAAAUUGCCAGGUAUCUUUCAAUAUCAAAGAUCAGUCAAGAUCUGGCCAAGGAUCUGGCCAUCCUUGCACGAGAAAUCCAUGAUGUGGCAGGUGAGAUAGAUUCUGUGAGUUCAUCGGGCACUGCCCCUAGUACCACAGUAAGCACUGCUGCCACCACCCCUGGUUCAACCAUUGACACAAGGGAAGAGGUAGGAGACCUUCAUGGAGGAAUGCCUAAGUUGGUUGAUCGUGUUUUUGAUGAAAGUUUGAACUUUAGAAAAAUCCCUCCAGUGCCAUGUAUAAAACCAUCAGCUGGAAAUGGCAGACACAGCGAUUCCAGAUCUCAAAUUUUUGAAGUUGCUGAUCAGGCUACAAAGAGGAAGACAUGGAGUAGGGAUGAAGCGGUUUUAGAUAGUUUGAUGCUGACCUCUGUAUCCCAGCUGUCUCAAAAAAUUAGGCAUGCAAUGGAGAAAACUGCUCUGAAGAUCAGGAUUUUGUUCAAAAAUGAAGAUAGAAAUUGGGAAGAAAUUGAAAACAAAAUGCGGUCUGAGAGUGAAGUUCCUAUUCUGAAAACAUCAAAUAAGGAGAUUUCAUCAAUUCUGCAGGAGUUGAAAAAAGUAGAGAAGCAGCUACAAGCCAUCAGUGUGAUUAUUGAUCCAGAUGGUGCUUUGGAUUCAGCAUGUGGCCUGAAAUUAUCAAGUCCCAGUUUGCUAGGACAAACUAAGCACAAGACUAGUUCAGAUCGAAGUCCUCCAAUCACAACCUCUAAUGCUGACUACCACAACCAUUUCAGCCAAUACGAACACAAUGGGGAGGACAGAGAGAAUUCUGUGCAUGAGUGACACUACUUUUUUGUUGUCUCUUCAAAGUGGCAGAGUAUUUAUCAACAGGCACAAUAUUUUUGAUCUGGCCUAUGUUAUUGAGAACAGUUCUGCUUGCCUCACUAGCCUUGAGGUAUUUUCCUGCUUUCUGUGGUGCUUUCCUCACCACAUAACUUUUGCUAUGGCUGUAAGCUUUGCAUCCAUCCAAUAAUGAAACAUUAGGGGGACAGAAGUCACAUUGUCAGAUGUGUCCAGUGAAAUGUGAACACAUCGAUGGCUCUGCUGGCCUUCAUGAGUCAUCUUCAAAACAAAAUGGAGAAGCAAAUUGGCAUUAUUAUUAAAACUGGAAUAGAAAUGUGUUUAAGCACUAUGUAAAAUGGACUAAUAUAUAGGCAACACAAGCUUAGAAUAUCAAAAACAUCAGUGCCAAACUGCUCAGUAUAUUGGUCAGUUGAACAACGUUCUGUUGAAUCAAAGAACUGCUGUUUGUUAUUUAUGUGUUUAGUAUGUAAACCACAGACUCCACAUAGGAUAUUGCUUAACUGUACAAAGUAGAAAACAUAUUCAGCAAUUAUUGUAACUUUGGAUAAGAAUCUCUGCUUUAUGCUGUGAUCAGAAGUUGGUUAAUGAUUUGUAAUGCUGAAAAGUCCUGUUGAUUGCAACAUUUUUAGUAUUAUACAAUAUUGCACUAUUAACAACAUGCGAGUUAAAGGAUGGGAAUGUUACGUUGGCAACUGAGUCUUGUUUAACACUCUCUUUAUCCGUCAGAUUUAAACAAAAUCAUAAACAAGCAAAAAUUAACAUGUUGUUUUGGGGAUUGCACACAUGAUUUGCCAUUUCUUAAGAGGAAUAAUUGAGAUGCUCGUUUUUGUACAAUGAGCUGAUCAAUAUGUCAGAGGACCAAUUUCAAAUCAGUAGCCCAUAAGUGAUUCACUCCAACAAAAUCUUAGUAACCCAACUUUGUAUAGAGCUAGUGCAUAAUAAGUAUUAAAAACAAACUUGAUGGAUUAAGGAGGCACAGUGAGGCAGCACACACUUUCACCUCCCUGGUAUAGUUUUGCACCUAAUUUAAGCUGAUGCAAGAAAGUGUCUUGUGAACUUGCCUCGUUGACGUAAAAUGUGUUCAGGGCAUUCUUUCUCAGUUUUUGUUUAGAAUUGAGUCAAGAUGGUAAAGUUGCUCAUAACAGGCAGCCCACUCAAGCAUGGAUGAGGAAAUAUAAAGUUAAACUGGGAUUCUAAUUAUGCUGCCAAAUAAUGUACUUUAUAGAUAGGUUUACUGCAUACCUGGUUGCUUUGGAUACUGACUUGGUGACAGAAGUACCCCAUUCUCAUCAGAAUGUCCUUUACUUUAAAUGUUACUAUUGAAACUGGAAAUAAGAAAAAAAUCCUUCCUAACCACAUGCACAACACAACUUUCAUCCAAAAGCCAGAAGGACAUCUCUUCAUUCUGCUCCCUCAUGUAAAACUAAUUUUGUCAAUAACAGUUCUUUGAUGAUCACCAGUACGAAUUUGUUCCUUGUCUUGCUUUUUGUGAUAUUGUUUAGAAGCUAUAUAAAUAACUGAAGUGAGAAAUGGAAACUGGAAUGAUGACAGUAGAAUGUGUAUUUCUGAAUUUGGAAUUAUUUUGAGUAGUUGAGAUAUGUUAAAAAGAUCCAUAAAAUAUCUUUUCUGAUAUCGGGACUGGCUAGCAAAGUUUUCCUGUUUUCUCCAUUGCUGAUGUUAUCUAUGUUGAUCAGCACAAAUCAAAGUAAAGCUCCCCACUGUCUUCAUGGGAACAAUGAUUUUAACAUAUUUUAAGAUUUAGUAAUAGAACGUUUUACUAUUUAGCUAUGUCUUGACUUGGUUAAAUCCAUUUUUUAUAUUUUGCAUAGAACUGAUCCCUCUACUUCCAUCCAGCUCCUUGCUUCGUCCCUGAAUCAUACAUUGUGCUCAGAAAGACACAUUAUACACUUAAGAUAUUUGACUAAUAUUACUGUGAGUUUGCUGCUAAAAAAUAUGAACCUAGUCUGGUCCCUUCCCUACUUAUGUUUUGGUCUCUCUAACAUUCUAGCUACAAUUGAACUCAGCAAUGCCAGAAAGUGUAAUCCACAUCACAUUACUUUAAACUACCCAUUCUUGGCACCAAGUGCACCGCAAGCAUUGAAGCUUAGCAAAUCUGCUUUUAAGUAAUUGUACACUAAAUGAUACAGCCACAUGCCAUAUAAAUUGAUCUUGACACUGCAUCUUGUUUUAAGUAGUGGUGGUAAUUCAAUUGCGUGGUGUCUGGUGUAACACUCUCUUCCCUGGCACACAAGGCUCUUUUGAGAUAUUUUGAAGAAUGGAUUUUUUAACGUACCUGACCACUGGUACUAUUGCCUUUUUUUUGAUACUGAAGCAUCUUAAAAACUUUAUACUUUUUUCUUGCAUUUUUCUUUAUGGCCUAACUUCAGGGCAGAAGGAGUGCUGCCCAAUACAGCAUCCCUAUUGAUGUGAUAUAGCAGGCAUUGUAAAAAGAAGGGAAGUUAGAGAGUAGGACCAACACCAUUCCAUUUGGGUUUCAAAUAACAUCAUACUUUAAUGUGGAUAAUUCAAAUGUGUAUUUAAAAAAAGUAGGACCUCUUGUCCUAUAUUCAAUUUUUAUAUUCACCUGAUCAAAAAUAGUACUAAAAGAAUAAAUCCCAGUUGUUUUGUUGUUCACAAAAUAUGAUGGUAAUUUCCAAGUUGAUUGCCAACAACCUUGUUGUCCUUCUGAAAAAGUUUUCAAUUUGUUGUUGUUGUUGUAGUUUUUACCAGACUCUGCAUUGGUCUAGAUUAUUCCAUUCCACUAGCUGGCAUUCUAACACUAGCUCUUAUUCAAAAACAAUUGACAACCAAGUAAUAAUCAAGCUGUAUUUUUUUGAAGAAUGUUUGCAUUGACACAUCAUUUAUCUCACACAUCUGUUCAAUUCUGACAUUGUAUUAUGGGUUGCCUAUGAUGGUGUGAAUAUAUAUAUCUCUAACAUUUAAUUUGUCAUAUUCCACAAUUUUAAUCAAAAAUUGUGAUCCAGGAAUAUUCCAACAAACCUAAACUAUUUAGGCUCUUAUCACGUACAGUUAAUGGUGUGAAUUCAGUGAUGCAUAACAGUGUGCGAUAUUGCACACUAGGUCAGACCUUAGCAACUAGAAACAGGCAUUAGGCUAACAGGAUAGAAUCACUCCCAGUCUAAAUUUACAAAUGCUGUUUGAAUAUUGUGGAUUGAAAAAAGUGCUUUUGUUUUCUGAACAUUGAGAAAGGAUAAUGAGACAACCAAUGUUGCCUAUAUUUUCUCUGUGUGGCUGGAAGCUAUUACAAUACCAAAAGCAGAGUUUUACCCCCAUGCUGAAAAGUGAUGAGUUGGCAUAUGACAGAGCUUCUCUAAUAAAUAGUGAAGAAAUUAUUUUUCCAACUUCUAAACAUGGCUAAGCGUUUCACUUUCUGUAUUGGUUUGGGUUUACACAUUUGUUGUAAUUUGUAAUAUUGCCUUUUGUUUUGCAGUUACAUGGUUUUCUCUUGAUUUUGUACAAACACUAUUGGCUCUAUUUAUUUUUUUGGUUAUGUAUGUUCAUUUGUAUUUUUACAUUUCUAAUGUGUUCAAAUAAAGUUCUUUUCCCAGAUUUUUGCCACAGAAUGUUUGUUACAAAACUAAAAGGCCAUCACGGACUGAUUAUUUGAUGGAUGUCUGAGAUGUUAAUAAAAUGCAAGUUUUAUUUC